UUUUUGUUGAAUUUCUCAAUAAAUUUCAUAGAAAAAGUGCAGCUGUUUACUGCUUUUAUUAACAAUACCCAUUACUACAGGAUGACGACAAACAACAUUCACGUUGCAUGAAGUGGACUUUCCAUUAUUUCUGAUCGAAGCUGCAUACAAAUAUUUAAAAGGAAGAGAAAUAAAAAAUGUCACAACAACUGUCAAGGAAUAGAGUACUUUUUCGAAUUUUGAAAACUAAAAGCUCAACCGCUAGCAGCAUAUGCGAAAAACUGAAUAACAAUGUAAAGAACAUUGUCCUAUUAUCAGAAGAUGAACUUUGUGAACUGUGGCGACAUGUGAAAACUAUAUUACUAAAGGCACAAAAAUUGUAUAAACAAGCAGCAAAUGAUAAGUGUAAAUAUAUGAAGGAGUUUAAUCUUAUGGUCAAAUUGAUACGUACAAUAACCCUCAUGGCUCUUGAAACAAUUGUACAGCGAAUAUUUAAACCCAAUAUUCUAUUGCAGAACAUAAUGUUACUACAUUCUGCUAUAUUACCAAACAUAAAAGACGAACAAGCUAAAAAUGAAAUAUCCAACUUAUUGGAAAAAUGGUGGAUAUUAGACAUGUUAUGGAAAGAAAAAGUGAUAAUAAAUACAUUGAAAUACCUCAUCCAGAGUUGCAAAUCUUCAUUGCAACAUAUAAAACGUUUAUAUGAGAUAAGGUCAGCUAUUAUGUUGUUAAAAUGCACAGAAGAUGUAAGAAAAUUACUUAAACUUGUUCGAGAAAAAACUGUGAUGUCACUUGAAGAAGGUCGAAUGUUGAUAUUGCAUUUGUUUACACUUGGAGAACAAUAUAUACUGGGAAUUCAUAAUAAUGUAAAAGUAGUGUUACAAAAUAUUGAACACAAUUAUAUUGCUGCUUAUGCAGAUUUGUAUGUAACAGCAUGGUUAAAUGCAACUGAAAAGUUUAAAAAAUUUAUUGCUGAAAAUUGUUUACAAGACAUUAUUUUUCAUUGUUUUCAAGCACGUAGAGAUAGCGCAGGAAGAGGAAAGCUUGGUCAAAAUCUACUUUUAUUUCUUGCUGCUAUGCAUGAUAACAAAAAACGUGCAGCAAGAUUAAUGAUUCACAAUGAAUGUAAAUCUUUAGUUUGGAAAUAUUUAAAGGUAUCUGGUUCUUUCAUCAAAUGUAAUGCAAUAGAGAUUCUCUUUGUAACAAGUUCUGUUCAAUAUACAUUUGUUUCAAAAGACAAAAAUAAAAUCUAUAUUCAAAAAUAUUAUAAAACAAUAACAGAUCUCUUAAAAAAUUUGAAUCCUGAAGUAUGCAUUGUUACUAUAAAUGGUCUGUUUGAAAUGUUAGAAAAAUAUUGGUCUCAUGUUCCAAUUAAUAUUAUUCAGAACUGGUUAAAUAUCUUAUUAGAUCAUACCAAAAACGCUAAUAAUUCUGAAAUAAGAGCAAGCAUUUUUAUUGGUCUUAAAAAGAUAUUAGUUAAAGAACGAUCUCAUAGAAUAGUUAAAGAUUUUCUACCAAAUUUUGCAAAUAGUAUUUACGAUGAAGAUCAAAUGGUAUUAGAAGCAUUAAUUAAACUUCUUUAUCAUGCACAAAAACUUGGAAUACCAUUUUGGAAUAUAAUACCAUUGACCUAUGUUCUUGAUCGUUUAGAGACCACCCAAAAUGUAUUUGUUUUACAAGAAUUGAUAAAACUUGUCUGGUUACGUAUAUCAUCAAAUGGUACACAUUACGAUAAAAUAAAGGAUGAAUUAGCGUAUAUAGCCACACGCAAUAUAAAUGCUAUUAGAAGAUUUUGUUUGCAUUCUAAAUUUAUUAUAAGCUGGGGUACAUCUACAAAACUUAUUGAAACUUUAUUAUCUAUAACAAAAAAGGAAAUAGAAUGUUUACCUGCAGCAAAAAUAUUAAGCAAAAAUUGUAAUAAAAGAGCUAAAAUUAUCAAUAAGGACAGUAACUAUGAAAAUGAUUCUUCGGUUAGCUGUAAUAAAGAUUUUGAUAAUUAUAGAAAUAUAAAUAUGUAUAUUGAUGUUAUUGCUAUGUUAUUAAAGGCGAAUAUUAAAGAUAUAGACGAAGAAAAAUUCUAUAAUGAAGAAAUGAAUAUUUUACAAGUAAUAACGUAUGCUUUACCAGAACUUUUUAAAUAUUUCAGGGAAACCCCUGUAAAGGAUUCAAUAAUAUUUUUAUUUUCUUUAAUACCUUCGAAAUUUUUCCUGAAUAAAAUUGAAGUUACCGAAAUGUUGGUACAACUAUUGUGUGAUCCCAAUACUUCUGACGAAACCCUUCUUUCAAUUGUAUAUCUUCUCAUGAAAUGGAAUAAAGAAGAUAUAAUUUUAUUCACAUUGACGCACCUUUUUACAGAAUCUUUAAAUACAAGUGCGAAACAUAAUCAGAAUACUAUUAAUUGUACAAAUGAUUUUCAAAUUAAUGAGAAAGGUUUAGAAUUAAGUUUACGAAUUUUAAAACAUUUACUACACAUUGAAUAUCAAUCAGUUUUAAUGAAUAAAUAUCAUAAAGACAUGCUUAAAUUUUGGGAAACUUUAUAUAAAUUAAGAAGUUUAAUAGAAAAAGAAUUAAAUAAUGAGUGCAAUAUCAGAAGUCUAAUAUCCAAAGAUAUAAUUAUAAAUUUUUUUAAAGUAUAUAUAUCAAUGAUUACAAUAUUACAUAAAAAAGAUGUAUUUGAUGCAUCAGAACAUUUUUCAGAAGUUUUAUUGUGGCUCAGAAGGACGAUAGUGCCGCACAUAUCGCAUGUAGAUGUGAACAUUAUAGAAAAUCACCAUAUUUGUAUAAAAAUAAUAAAAAAUACUUUUGAUGUGUCAAAUUUACUAGUGAAAGAGUACAAUGCUACUCCAAAACUAUGUUGUGAUAUCGUACUUUUAUACUGCAAUUGUUUAUCAUCAUCAAAUGGUUUCAUUUUUUUAAAUGAUGCAUUUGAUGCAAUAAUGAUGUUAUUAGAUUUUAGUAAAAUGGCUUAUGACAAAAAAGAACCAAAUUUAUUAAAGACUAUUAUACCAAACUUUAUAUGUAUUACGAUGGUUACUUUAACUAGAUAUAACAAAGAUAUAUUAUUUAAAUAUACAAAUAACUUAAAAGUACUGCAAGAAUUAACGCAAAAAUAUUUUUCUGUUGUUAAAAAUACCUUUCAUAACGAAAAUUCGUAUUUUUCAUACAUAACUACUAUGUUUAAUGCUGCAAUCAGUAGUGUAAGUACGGAAAUAACAUGUGAGUUACAAUGCUCACACAUAACGGAAGAAUACAUUUUAAGUAUUCAAUUUCCUUAUUUAGCAAAGAAGAUAUUAAAAAUUAUAUUCAACCAAAAAAAAUAUCAAAAAUUGAGCAUACAAGUAUUAACAAAGACAAUAACAAAUUAUACAAAAAUUGACAUGUUAUCUGCUUUGAUAAUAAUAUAUAAAAUGCUUAAAUUAAAUGAUAAAAAAGUUACUAAUUUACUUAAGAAUGUUACAUUAGCAUCCAAAGUACAUUACCAAGAACAAUCUUGUAUUACUUCCUUUGACAGGUCUGUAAAUGAUGCAAUAAAUGUAGUUACGGAUGCAAUAUUAAAAAAGUAAUAUAACUACCAUUUAUGUAAAUAACUAAUAGAUGCUAGAUGUACGAUGUGCAAUAUAUUUCCAUUUAGUUUUUUAUAUAUUAA